CGCAAGCGCAAAGGGGAAAUAUAGCCCACACAAAUACCUGUCGCAACUUUUCAGCCCCGCCUUGAAUUCCUGACGACACAACCUUCGCAAAUUUGCAACAUCGCCAACUUUCCAGGACUCGAAGAAUCAGUCUCCGGAAACGGUUAAAUCGAUUGAUAUCUCGUGUUCUCUGAACUGCUCAUCAAACCAACAAAAUGAAGCACCUUGCGGCAUACCUUCUUCUUGGGCUCGGCGGCAACGCCUCCCCCUCGGCCGGCGACAUCAAGUCUGUCCUCGAGUCCGUUGGCAUCGAGGCCGAUGAUGAGCGCCUCAAGAAGCUGAUCUCGGAGCUUGAGGGCAAGGACAUCAACGAGCUCAUCGCUGAGGGCUCGUCCAAGCUGGCGUCCGUCCCGUCCGGUGGUGGCGGCGGCGGCGGUGCUGCUGCCGGUGGUGGCGGCGGUGCCGCGGCCGAGGCUCCCAAGGAGGAGGAGAAGGAGGAGGAGAAGGAGGAGUCCGACGAGGACAUGGGCUUCGGUCUGUUCGACUAAAUUUACCGCAUCAUCGACCCAGCCCCGCGCCUUUCGGCAUCGAAAUUGGGGGAAUACUAGCCUCGAUUAUGGAAUGGACAGAUACGGCCACAUUUUCACGGAGCCUGCUCGGAGGAUCAGUUGCUCGUCGUGUCGCUUCUGACGUGGUGAUAAAUCCUAGUCAGUUGUUUGGUUGGCAGAUAGAUAGUCCACCCAAUACGUCCAAUCCAACUUGGUUUCUCUCCCACA